AUGGCGCACGGCGGGGAAGGCGCUCUGUCCAAGCUCCUGGGACCAAGCUCAGCUCCUGCCUCAUCCAGCAACCAAGGCCGGAGGGAGGGCAAAUAUAAUGUGGCUGGGCAGGAGAGUUGCGAUCUUGGAAAUGAAGUCAAACCUGCAAUUAAACUGCCAGAUGCCGGGUCCGAUGCCGGCGUCCCGGAUCUCCCUGCAGACCCCCCCUCCCUGCUCGGGCCCGAGUGCACUGAGGGGAUGCUUUGGCGCCGCUCCUGCCAGGCCGCGGCUCUGGGGAGAUGGAAGCUGGGGCGGAAGGACUCAAUGUGGGAUCUGUGGCUCCCCAGACAGGACAAGGAGACCCUGCAGGAAAGGUGGGUGAGGGAUGGCUGCCUCUUUGGAGACAACAGCUUCCCGGCCACCCUGCGCUCCGCUGGCGGUGGGCCCCUGCUGCGGAAGCUGCCGCCCGGCCUGCAAUGGCAGCCAAGUCCAGAGCUGCACAGCAAUCCACAGUUCUAUUCUGGCAAGGCCAAAAGGCUGGGUCUGUGCCAGGGAGUGGUAGGUGGCUGCUGGUUUUUGGUUGCUUUGCAAGCUUUAACUUUGCACCAGGCCAUCCUGAGCUGAAUGGUGCUCCUUACUCAGAGUUUCACUGAGAAAUCUGCUGGCAUUUUCUGGUUCUUUCUUCCAUUUGGAAAGUGGGUUCCCAUGGUGAUAGAUGACCGAUUGCCCAUCAGUCAGGCUGGCCAGCUGGUCUUUGUCUCCUCCACCUACAAGAACUUACUCUGGGGAGCUCUUCUGGAAAAGGCCUAUGCUAAUGUUAAGGGAGGGCAUGAGGAGAAGGAGAAGGUGCUGGAGAAUGGGCCGGUAAACAGCCAUACCUACACGCUCACAGGAAUCAGGAAGGUGACCUGCAACCAUGGACUUGAAUAUCUAGUCAAGCUGCAGAAUCCCUGGGGCAAAGUAGAAUGAAAAGGAGACUGGAGUGACAGCUCAAGUGCCUGGAAGCUAUUGAGCCCCAGUGAAAAGAUAAUGCUGCUGAGAAAAAAUAAUGAUGGAGAGUUCUAGAUGACAUUGCAGGACUUCAAAGCACAUUUCAUGCCUCUGGUCAUCUGUAAACUGCCCCCAGGCUUGCUGAGUCAGGAGAUGGGCCAGAAGUGGGCUACACCAUGGAGGUGGGGAGGAGGCGAGGGACAGGGAGCUGGGCACCCAUCUUACUUGCUGUGUUCUGCUCCAGACACAUUUUGGGAGAAACUGCAGUUCCUGCUACCCAUCUGGAGGCCCCAGGAAGGCAGGAGGUCCCUGGUGCCCUGCAGUGUGCUGGUGUCCCUGCUCCAGAAGCCCAGGCACAGGCCCUGCAACCAGAAGCCCCUUGCCAUCGGCUUCUACCUUCUUGGGGGUGGGGGCAAGGAAACAGCAGACCAAAAUGAAGGGUAGGAUGAAUUCUUCACCAAACUCUUGGAAAAGUAUCCAGAAAUAAAUGCAGUCCGACUGCAGAAGAUCCUGAACCACGUGACCUGGCCAAACAAGCCACUCAGCCACCUUGUGCCUCCAAGGCUCAUGGGCAGCACGGAGACGCCUCAUUCAUCGCGUACCCUGAGCAUCCUGGAUUUCAAGGACCCAUAGAAGCAGUUGAUGCUCAAUCAGGAGGUGUUCCAUAAGCAGGACAGUAGCCAGUCAGGAUACCUGAACAGCACCCAGCUGUGGGCUGCCAUGGGGGACGCAGUCCUGCUCAGUGAUGACACCUGCCAGCUGAUGCUUAUCCACUAUGGCGGCCCCAACCUCCGGAAGGACUUGGUCAGCUUUGUGCACUUGGUGCUGAGUGUGGAGAGCAGGGAGGAUGUCUUCCAAAACUUAACCCAAGAUGGCAAAGAUAUCUACCUCCAGAAGCCAGAGGCCAGUCACCCUGACCGCUGGAGCACUCCUUCCCUGAAGGACACAGACCGGCUGCUGGUGGUGAUUGACUUCCUGAUGAGGGAGAAGGACUUCUGA